UCAAUUUAAUUUAAUUUACCUCUUUCCUUCCACCUCUCACCUUAAUUUAAUUAGCCUCUCUCUCUCUCUCUCUCUACGAUUCAACGAUUGUUGUUUGAGAGAGAGAGUGUGUGUAUAUAUAUAUGUAUGUCUGUAUGUAUAUGGCGGCCAAAGAGGGUCCUCCGGGUCCAAAGCCAACAACCUCUGCUCAAAUCAAGGUUCAAGGUGAGUCCUGUCUGUCGCAGCCAUCGCCGUCGUCCUGCUCCAAAUUUCAAACAUACUUCCGGCGGCGGUCUUCUUCUUCGGUAAUAGAUUGAUAGAUAGAUAGGUAUUUGAGUGCGAUGAGUCGUCGGAGUGGUGGAUCGAAGCCUGAAUUGAAGCUGAAUGUAACCCCGGCGGCGCAGCAGGGGGAGUCGCCGUCGCCGUCGCCGUCGCCGACGAGGUCGUGCGUGUCGUCGGAGGGGGAGAGCAGCCCGGAGGCGACGUCAAUGAUGCUGGUGGGUUGUCCCAGGUGUCUUAUGUACGUGAUGCUGUCGGAACAGGAUCCUCGUUGCCCUAAGUGUAAGAGCACUGUUUUGCUCGAUGUCGUCCACCAGCAAAACAACCCCAACCCCAACCCCGCCGCCAAAAAGAGGAGUUAGCUUAACAGCUCCGCCGAUCCUAAAACUUUAGAAAUAUUUAAAGAAGUCAAUCGAAUCGAUAAUAAUAUUAUAUAUAUAUAUAUAUAAAAAUCUAUAUGGUAGUGUUGAUUUCCUGCAAUUAGCAGCACUAUUGGUGCUCCAUUUUUCAGAUUCACAGUUAUGGGAAUGGAGCCUUAAUAGUGCUGCUGCUGCUUCGAUGGAUCUUUGAUCUUUGUUCUUUCCUUGUUUAAUUUCGUAGCUAGCUUAGCUUCUUUGAUUUGGGAUUUAGCAGUGGUGGGAUGGAUCGAUUUAUGAAUGAAUCAAUUAAUUAAUUAUGACGAUGAUGGUUGUUUUGUUGGGCUGAGUGAUUCCCUCCUUCAUCUCCCCUGUUUUCUGCAGGGUGAUUCGAUCGAUUCACUUUCUUCAGACAUCAUCGUUCCAAUUAAUCCAUGAACCAGUGAAAAAAAAACACAUAUGAUGUGAAUAUGAGGUGUAAUUAAUAGUAAGACGUGUAUUGUAUUGUAGUUGAACGUCGAUGUUGCAAUUAACCAAAAGCAAAUCAAAGAUACUACUGUACAAUAAUGAUAUUGGUGUGUGUGUGUGUGUGCGCGCGCAUGUGACGUAAUAAUGAGGUAGCAGUAGCAGUAGCAGUAGCAAGCACCAUCAAGGGAGGAGGGGCAAUUAUGUAAAUUCAUUUCAUUUCAGUACCAGCAGCGUUGAAAAACAAAACCGAUUGGGCGGGCGAGAGAGAUCAGGGCAUUCUAUUUCACCAAGAAUGACGACGAUUUGCUGGACCAGAAUAGGCAGGUGUUCUUUGUGGUCUUGAAGAUCCUUGAUUGUGUGAUUAGCUUCUUCUACUAGCCUAGUGUUGGCACAGUAUCUCAAAUUUAAGUGUGCCAGAGAUCUCUAUACGCUAGAGAUCCUUGGUUUUUUUAUUGCCUUUACUAUGUCGACAAAUUUUACUUCAUAAUACUAGUAAUGUCAAUCUAAGUACCCUGUGAUAUCAUUACCAUUUUUUCUUUCCACUGUGCCGGCUACAUCUUCUUUUGUUUUUGAGUAGACAGGAAUGCUUUUUAAGUAUUGCGGCAUGACUUCCAUGAAAGAUAUAAAUUACUGGCAAGUUGGGCGUUUCUUUAAAAGAGCAAGUUGUGUUAUUUGAGAAUUUGCCACUGAAAACUGCAAAGAUGGUUUUGAAGAACUUGUGGUUUGAUUGUUUAAUGGCAAAGAAAGACAUUGGGGAUUGUUACUCUUUCAUGAGAUGGUUGGAGGUUGGUUUGUAUGGCAAUUUCAGGUGUAAUCAACACAUUGCUAGCUACAACUCUGUUGAUAAUAUAACUGAUUCUCUCCACCAUCAUAUUGGUAGAACUCUGUUGAGCUUUCAGAUGAAGUUGAUCUUGAAAGGCAGAAGUUGAAAAGAGUCACGAUCUUAAUAAAAAAUGGGAUGCCCAGAUGCAAUGCUGCUCCUUUUGCUGGAAUAGAACAUAUGUCUCUUAAUAUGAUGCUUUUCUGUGGUGAAUUGUGGAUAAGAAACUGAUUAUGCUUAGACAAGUUUUGAUCUCCCUGCUGCAGAAGGUUAACUAUCCUUAACAAGAAUGAAUUGUUGGCGAGCACUGUUGGGGUUAUCCCUAAGUGCCGGAGGCUAAUAAUGCAGGAUUGGCUUGGCUGGGGAAGGAUCGCUAUCUUUUGUAGGAUGGCCACUUGUUAUUUGGUCUGUAAGCAUGUAAUGAACGGUCCCCCAUGCCUACUCAACAUCCAAGAAUGACAGAAAGGUCAGCCUUGAGUGUAUUUAGGAUAAAGUUCGUGUUUUGAGAUUGUUGUUAGGGAUUUGGGUGAUUGAAUGUUGAAUUUGGGUUGUGCCCAUAUUAAAAGGCACAUGGCAUUUGUUUAUCUGGAUUUGAAUUGAUUUAGUAGCACUCUGUUGCUAUUCAUUUAAGGAGGUAUGAAAGGAUGAUAAAUAUUCAUGUUUCAUUACAAUCUCAAUUGCCACAUAGGUUUCCAUUAUUUUAAUGACUUUCACAUGAUGUUUCCGCCACUUAGAUCAGAUCCCCUUUUUGUGCUUUCAAGAUUCUCAAAUGAAACCCUUUUCUGUGGUUGCUCUUUAUCUCUCUCUUUUUAAACACCCUUUGUUUUUUUUUUAAUGAUCUACUAUCAACUGUAAUGAAGUAAACGAAGUUUUGUCUGAGAUUCAUUGAAUUCAAAACCCCUGUGGAGGGCAGUGAUGAAAUAAAAGUUUCCAACUGCCUCCUCUUUAUUACCUCCUGCAUGGAUGGGACAUGAAUUUUGCUUCCAUCCCUUCAAGUUUUCACACAUUCAAACAAAUUUAGCAUUUGCAUUUAUUCUUCACAACUUCAAACUGCAGAAAAUCUUCCCUUAAAUGUUCAAUCAAUUGCUUACACACUCUCUAAUGCAGUAACUUCAUCACCUGUCUUGUAUUCAAUGGAUUUCUGCAAUCCCUUUGGCUGGAAGUUGAAUGUCCUUAUCUUUAACACACUGCCACAAUUUUCUUGAAAGUAUUAUUGUUAAUUCAAAAACAAUGUAAUAUGAUCAUCACCACAAAUGUUAUGGGCUGGUUUCUAUUGUGUUAUCCUGAAUAUUGUUUGCUUGAUUUUUCGUUCAGUACAGACAAAAAAAAAAGAAAAACUUGAAGGUUUCCAUGUGAUUCACAAGCUGUCUUCGAACCUGAAAUCGAAUCAAAUGGGGAGCAAGAAGAAAAUGAAGAAACUCCCAUUUCUGUGUCAAGCUUCAGAAACCACUUGGCCAUGGCCGACCUGCGUCAAUGAUCCGGCGACCCACUCUUUCCGUGGCGACAACAUCAUCUCCGGCAGCAGAAACGCGGCGGCGGACGAUCAAUUAGCGGAAACUUCUGCCUCAUCAAACCUGCAGGACGAGAUGGCUGUGAUUGGAGGGGUGAUGUCCGAACGCCUGUUCUUCGAACCUGAAAAGACAAAUUCUAUCCUGGAAGAAGGGAAUAAAGGGCAGGACGAGUUCGCCGGCGCGGUGGCGUUGGUGGAAAUGGAGUCCAUGGAACCAGUUCUGGAUUUCAGGACUUCCAUGGAGGAAAUGGUGGAAGCUUACUGCGGAUUGAAGGAUUGGGAUUGGGAGUGCCUGGAAGAGCUGCUGGCCUGCUACCUCAAAGUCAAUGGCAGACACAAUCACCACUAUAUUGUGGGAGCAUUCGUGGAAUUGUUGCUGCUGCAUCUUGACGUGGCAGUGGCCAAGAAUGGCGGUGCAUCCGCCAUUGAUGAUGAGCACUGCCCCUGCGAGUCUUCUUCCUCCAGCACUGUUCACUGUUCCUUCACAUGUUCUUCUUCGACAUACUCCUCCACCACACCAUACUGUUUGUCUGCCCUCGAAAUUGAAGACGACGACGACGAAGAAGAUUUAGAGUAAUUGCACCAACGAAUUUAAGUACUGUGCAAUCUCUAUAUAUAAAUAUGUAUGUAUAUAUAUAUACAGAUAUAAUAUGUCUGGUUUUGAAAUAUUUGAAUACAAUUUGCCUGAUGUACUCCAUUGCUUUGAUUGAUUCAAGUUUUUAUUUCAUUAAAUGAAUCCACGUAAUUACUGCUAGAAAA